CCUAUUUAUGAAAUCACAGAAUUCAUAACCUAUCUUCCUUCGCCUUCACCUUCCCUUCACUCUCAGUUCUGCCACAUAUUAACAUUCCGGCGCAAAAUGAAGGUCAUCGCCGCCUACUUGCUCGCCGUUUUGGGAGGCAACGCAGCCCCUUCCGCCGAUGACUUGAGGGACAUCCUUGGCUCCGUUGGAGCUGACGCGAACGAUGACAACAUCAGCAACUUCUUGUCUGAAGUUAAGGGCAAAGACAUUGUGGAGCUUAUCGCCUCCGGUAGGGAAAAGCUGGCCUCCGUGCCUUCUGGCGGUGGCGCCGCCGUUGCCGUUGCUGCCGCUCCCGGCGGUGGCCCUGCUGCACCGGCUGCCGCCGAAUCGAAGAAGGAGGAAAAGGUUGAAGAGAAGGAGGAAUCGGAUGACGAUAUGGGAUUCAGUCUCUUUGAUUAAUUGUUAGGGUUUUUAAACCUUUGUUCGGAACAUAUUGUCGAAUUAGAGUUCCUUAGUUUUGUCAUUUUUAUUUUUGGUUAAAGUAGUACUAUUCAAAGCCAAUGAAUUGUGUGGUUGAAAGAUUUCGGUUUAAUAUUGAUUACUUAUUGAACUUUCUUCCCUGAUUUACUGUUA